AUGACGACUCGUCGUCGGAACUUCGACGACGUCUUCGCCGAUUCUGAAGACGACGAUGACGCAGAAUUUCGAUCGUCGACGUGGAAUUUUAUCGAAAAUUCUGGAAGCCAGAGAAGAUCCGAGAGUUUUCGUGGCGGGACCCAAAAUUCGGAUUUUGGGAAUUUUGAGCGUUUCGGAGGUCGAGGGUCUUCCAAUGGCAUCGAGACACGCACAUCGUUUCGAGAAUUACCCACAACACCUGUAAGUGCGACCCGAACCGCUUCGACAUACCAGUUUCACUACGUGACACGACGGGUCAGCAGCACUGGGCAACGACAUACUACGGUAGAAUUGGAGCACACCGCGCGUCCGUUGCAAGGAGAGCCCGAGCCAGAAAGAGUUUAUAAGCGCGAAAUCCCUGUCCAAAUGGUAGGAAAUGGGAGUAGCGCCGGCAGUUACUCCCGCUAUUCCAUGGCUCAGGACACAAUUCAACGCUACAGUAGUCAGAAUUCGUCUUCUGGAAUUUCUCCACACCAGAGAUUAUCAUCGUAUUCAUUGCACAGUAUAGUUGUUUUUCACCCAUUCUAG